GGGAGGCCUCGGCCACCCCGGGCCUCCAGCGGCAGCGCCGCCCCGAGGCCGGGGCGAGCCGGCCUCGCAGAGGGGCCGCGGCGUUCGGGCCGGCGGCUGCAGCCCCCAGCGGCCGCGGGGGACGGAAGAGGAAGUGGAGCCGCUCCGGGAGCCGGCGGCGCUGCGAGGCCCCGGCAGCGGCCGAGGAAGAUGAGGGCUGCCGGGCUGCUGUGCGCCGCGCUCUGGGGCCUGCUGUUGCCGCCGAUAAAUGCAGAUGAGGGAAUCCUGCACGCUUCUGGAAAUGGUGUACCUCCAGUAACAAAGGAUUACUGCAUAGUUUACAAUUCUAAUUGGAUCUCUCUUCCAAACAGCCUGAACAAUGCUACUUUCACGACUCUGGAAAACCUGACUUCUACAGUACUCUGCAGUUCUUCUGAAGUUCCUUCUGGCUUAAUGAAGGACAAAGCAGUUGUAGUGAUGAGAGGAAACUGCACUUUUCUGGAGAAAGCAAGAAUUGCUCAAAGAUCAGGUGCUAAAAUGCUGUUGAUUGCCAGUAAAGCUAGGCUGGCUCCUCCUUCAGAUAACAAGACUGAUUUUGAAAAUGUGACUCUACCAGUUGCUCUUAUAAGAUACAAUGACAUUGUGGAUAUGCAGCUGACUCUCGGAAAUGACAUUAAUGUGACUCUAUAUUCACCACCUUUGCCAGAGUUUGAUUGCAGUAUGGUUGUCAUCUUUCUAAUUGCUGUGUUCACUGUGGCACUAGGAGGCUACUGGAGUGGAGUAGCAGAACUUGAGAAUUUGAAAGCAACAGCAAGUCCUGGGGAGAGAGAAACAAGACGGAAAAAGGAAGAAAAUGUUACUUUCACUCCUCUAACUGUUAUCUUAUUUGUCGUCAUCUGUUGUGUAAUGCUGGUCUUACUUUAUUUCUUCUACAAGUGGCUAGUGUAUGUUAUAAUAUCAGUCUUCUGUUUGGCAUCUGCAACGAGCCUGUACAACUGUCUUGCUGCACUAAUCGGAGAAAUACCAUUUGGACAGUGCAGGAUUACAUGUUGCAACAAAAAUAUUGAAGUGAGGCUUAUCUUUCUCGCUGCGUUUUGCAUAGCAGCAGCUGUUGUUUGGGCAGUAUUUCGAAACGAAGAUAGGUGGGCUUGGAUUUUGCAAGAUAUUUUGGGAGUUGCUUUCUGCCUAAACUUCAUUAAAACACUGAAAAUGCCUAACUUUAAGUCCUGUGUGAUACUCCUAGGCCUUCUCCUUCUAUACGAUGUUUUUUUUGUCUUCAUAACACCAUUUAUCACAAAGAAUGGGGCAAGUAUAAUGGUUGAAGUUGCAGCUGGUCCCUUUGGAAACAGUGAAAAGAAUGAUGGAAACUUGGUGGAAGUCCCUACUGAACGCUCAGCUCCCCAUGAGAAAUUACCUGUGGUUAUUAGAGUGCCUAGACUUGAAUACUCUGCAGCGACAUUGUGUGACAUGCCAUUUUCAUUGUUGGGUUUUGGAGACAUUAUUGUCCCAGGGCUUCUGGUUGCCUAUUGUCGAAGAUUUGAUGUUCAAACAAGUUCUUCUUCUGUAUACUACAUUUCCUGUACAAUAGCUUAUGCCGUUGGUAUGGUGCUGACUUUCAUUGUUCUGGCAUUAAUGAAGAUGGGACAACCUGCCCUUCUUUAUCUUGUUCCAUGUACACUCAUUACUAGCUCUCUUGUUGCUUGGAGACGCAAAGAGAUGAAGAAGUUUUGGAAAGGAAGCAGUUAUCAGGUGUUGGACUCCACCAGGACGCCUUUGCUACAAGAUGAUGGAACAUCUGGAUUACCCAGGAAAUGAAGAAGGUACAGCAUCAGCCAGUGAACAGCCUGGAGGACAAUAACAUGUAGGAUUCUGGCUUAAAAUAGUAUUCAAAUUUCCUACAGAUGAAUUACAGUAAAUUUGGUGAAGAUUUACAAUCGAGUAUUUCAUACUCUGUGUAAAAGGUUUUUUUUUACUCCACCUAUAUUUCUAUGAAAAAAAUUGUUAAUAACAUAAAAGUAAUCAAAAUAGAUUUGCAUUUUUACAGCCAAACCAUAGCUAGUAAAACCGUGCCUUAUUUCGAUUUAAAUAAAGGGUAUUUUCUAUGCAAUUUUCCAAACGUGCUUCUAUACAGUAUAUUUUUAUAAAAAAAAAAAAUCUUGCCCGUAUCACUUUGCAUUAAAUGUUUUCUUAGUUUUGAUUAAAGCUAGUCAAAUUUCAUUUAAAAAAUAAUAAUAAAAGCAGUACUCUUCACAGGAUUUCUUUCCAGAUUUUGAAUGCGAAGACUAACAGUAAUGUAACUAUAGCAACUACAGAAUGAAACUAUAAUUCCAUUACUACACAUAAUGGAAUAAACUGUUUGUAUGUUAAUCUAUGUAGAUUGUAAGCCAUAAAAUAGAUAACAGGGCAAAUUUUAAUUUGUGGUUGUGAGGUUUGGUUUUGUUUUUCUUUUUUGUUUGUUUUUUCUCUAUAGUUUCACUGGCUUAUGCCUUAAUCAUGAAAAUUGUUAAGCUUUGAUGCAAGUCUUUGGAUUAUAUACAUUACCAACCAUUAGAGAAACUAAAAGUGUGUGGUGGAGGUACUUACACAGUGGUCCUGGAAACUUAGAUGCAGCUCCUGGAAUAGUUGGCAAAGAUGGUGUGCAAGGCAAGAGGUUGUUUUUUGAUCAACAAGUGUUAUUUAAAUCUUGGGGGCGGGGAGGGAAGACCUACAAUUUUUAAGUCUGGACUAGUUCUUCUCGUACCUGUUGAGACUUGGUCUAUAUACACGUGGUCUUCAUUUGGCUUUGCCUUAAUUCAUAGGGAUGGGGGAUGAAAGGACAGAUUUUUCUAGCUUUUGCAUCUAUACCGUACUUUUUUUUUUUUUGAAACUGUUUUUGAAACUUCUUUGUGAUUGACAAACAACAGGUUUGAAUAGUGCUAGUAUUGCCUGAGUUAGUUAAGGCCAGUGCCUGUGUUUAACUUGAUUAAUUACAAUUUGUUUUAGCUUUUAAAUACUCUAAAGACUUUGAAAAAGAAAAUUAGUUUAAAUUGUUAAUUUGCAUUUAGAAGAGUUUGAGUUUGUGCGCUUGUUUGAUGCUUUUUUCCUUUUUUUGGGGGGGGGGGACUGCAAAUUGAGGGAGAUUAGGCAUAGAAAAUUUGUAAAGCUGUAUUGCUAACACUUUACACCAAAGAAAAUUGGAGAAGGCAACAACAGGAAACCACUUACUGCUAUCGUCAGGUAGUCAUUCCUAUAGUCAGUACAAGUCAAAGAACCCUGGAGAAAACCAAAUAAGUGUAAGCUGGGCAAUGGCAAUGCAGCCUUUCCUGCAGUGCCUCACGCAAGUGCCUCACUCUUGGUCUGAAGGUCACCUGUAGACACGAUUGGUUAAGGGCAUGUCGGCUCAGGAAAACUUACACAGAUUAAAUCUAGUUUAGCUAGAUUUGCUUUGGAAGUAUGCUAAUUAAGACAAUUGUAAAACUAUAUUGGGAGUUAACAAAGGCUUGCUGCAAAUUUACUGCUUUACAUAACUUAUAUCAAGUUUAAACCUUUUUGUUCUCAAGAGUCCUGAUGUAGAUAAACCUACAGACUGAGUAUCAGUUGUUGCUAUUCGCACAGAUUUACCUUGGUACCAGUUGAUACGGGUAAGAUAACCACCUUGUUUGUAGCUCUGCAACUUCUCUAAGAAAAUAAAUUGUAAACAGUUUUUGUAUGUUAGUAGCUGCCCAUCAUGCCUUUCUUGAUCUAAGCUUGAACUGACAGCUUCAGAAUACAGUGAUUUUUGCGCACUGUCUUCAAUUUUUAUUUAUCUGAGGCAGCCAGGCUGACUGGCACUUAAUAACAAAUUACAGUAUACCUCAGUGUUCUGAUAGCAGACUGAAAAUGUCUGCUCUGAUGUGUUGUCAUGCUCUUUGACAAGCCCAAUAUCUGCCAAAGUUAAAUGGUUGUGAAGAAGUGGAUGGAAAUUCCUGAAUGACGUAACAUCAUAACCCAUUCAAAGUCCUGGAAUACUCAGAGCUCUCAGAAGCUUCACAAACCUACAUGAUGACUCCUUUUUCUUUGAAAUCUUCUGUGUAGAGAAUUUAUUAAAUUUUCACCUAUAAUUGUGAAUGGUAUUGAUGAUGGACUAGUAUAAAUAAAGAAGACCUUUGGCAACAUAAGUGUAUUCAGCAGUUGGCUGUAGAAACUGUUGUGUUCUGUGCCUAAUUAUGUUCCAUGCCUGAUAAUGCCUGAGGUUUCACACGUGCUGCAGUUUAAUUGGAUGUAAACUAACUUUUCUCUUUCAAGUGUUUAGGUGCUUUGUUUACAAAAAGUAAGAAUGGCAUUUAAAAUUUUACAUUAAUAACAGGUUAGUAGUGACUACUGAAAUGAGAUUUUUAUAAGCUCAGUAGAAUUGAUUGCAACACUUCUAGCAGUUUUGAAUGUUUUUUAAUAUUAAACUUGUUUGUACUAAACACUAUGUUAAAAUCGUUUUUAGUUAUAUGAAAAUCUUACUACUUUUCAUUGUAUAUUUACUGACAACAACCCCCUUUCUCAUGAUUCUUAAUUUAUCACUUAAAGAAUGUUAUUAAUAAAUGUUACUUGUGUUAAAAAAAAAAAAGCUGACCGAUUGCUUUGAGUCAUCUUAUUGUGAAUGUUCUUGGGAAAGCAAUAAUCCGUAAUAACAAGUGAAUGAAAAAUACAUUUUAGCCCCCUUUAAGCAAUGUAGCUACACUUUUUAUCCAUCCUGCCCAAGGUAUAUAAAUUAUGAUUGUAUUUGUAAA